AUGAGAUCAACCAAAUCUGUUCGUCGACCACAUACCACGACUACAUCUGUUAACACAAGAAAGGCUCACUCUAAAUCUUUCAAAGCUCAACGAAACCAAAUGAAACAAUGGAUUGCUUCUUCCGUUCUCUCUCAUGCCAAACCUGCUCCAAUUGUUCUCUCCGAAACUGUUCAUACCGUAGUAAAAGUUGUUGAAAGCGCUCCAAAGAAGGAGAAGCCACAAAAGAAGGAAGCUGUAAAGCCUGUUGAGAAGAAAACCAAAUCAAAGCCAGAGAAGAAGCCUGAGCCUAAGGUUGAGAAGAAGCUCGAACCAAAGGUUGAGAAGAAGCCCGAGCCUAAGGUUGAGAAGAAGCCCGAGCCUAAGGUUGAGAAGAAGCCCGAGCCGAAAGUAGAGAAAAAGCCCGAACCAAAAGUAGAGAAAAAGCCCGAACCAAAAGAAGAGAAGAAGCCAGAGCCUAAAGCAGAAAAGAAGCCAGAGCCUAAGGUUGAGAAGAAGUCUGAGUCCAAAUCUCAGAAAAAAGCCGAACCAAAGGUCGAGAAGAAAUCCGAACCAGUUGUAGAGAAAGAAAUCGAAGAAAAAAUUGAGAUUAAAACCCAAGCUUCAUUGGAAUCUCAAAAUAACGCCAAACUUGAUGAAAUCAUAACGAAUGCUAACAAUCAAAACCAAAAAUCCGAACCAGAGAAGAAGGAAAAGUCCCAGAAGAAGAACAACAAGGCUGAACAAAACGGAAGUUUGCCUAAAGCAAAUGGAGUAACACCAAAACAAGCUGAAUCCCCAGUUCAAGUUUGCGAAGUAACAAGCAGUGUUUCUGAUAAGGAAAACUUAUCUGAUUCUGACUCAUCUGAGAAGGUUGAAAACAGACAACAAGUUAAAGCAGAUAAGAAGCUUCUUGAGAAUGUUCAGAAGCUUGCUACACAAGUUGCCGCCAAAAUGGAAAAUCAAUUGGAUCCCCAAACUAAACUCCAUAUCGAUGCUCAACUUUAUCAGUUAUCUCAAAAAAUUCAAAUUGCCGACAGAGAACGCUCUCAGACUCCUGUAUUGAAUGUUGUAACUCCACUUCCUAUCCAAAACAUUUCUCGACCAGUGACUCCAACAAUGAGGGAACGCAUCCAUAAGCUUCUCCCUCAAGACAUCUUGUUCUGUUCCAGACUCAUUGAUAAGCACGGUGAUAAUUUCGAGGCCAUGGUUAAGGAUCCCAACAACACCUACAGAGAAACUGCUCGUUCAUUGCAGAGAAAGAUCCGUAUCUUCAAGGAAUCUCCCCACUUCCAAGUAUACCUUGAAUCUAAGAACAACAGUGUCCCAUUGGAACAGUUACUCGCUCAGCAAGCUGUUUAA